CCGUUAGCACCGCUGGAGGAGGCCUCAUGUAGCGCAGCCCCCACCGAGGUCAGGACCGUAAAAGGCAGCCCUGUCACGUCCCCGAGCUACCACGUCAUCUGGCAGUAUGGAGCAAUUGCCGGUGCCAUCUGCUAGGCAGCUUCUCCUAUAGAUAGCUCUGCCUUGGCAUUCAUCAUCAGCAACGAAGUACUCGAGAUAGAUUCGGAGAGUGCAGGGCAGUUGAUUAAGUCAUCCGUUCAGUUACUUCAUUCCAGGCCAAGAAUCUUGCCACUUCGUUUGCCAGCUACCACCUAGUAGGAUCCGUUGAUCCAUGGAGGUGGCCGGAGGAGCUGUCGGCGCGUCGUCCCCGCCGCGGCGCGUGGUGGUGGCGGUGGACGAGAGCGAGGAGAGCAUGCACGCGCUCUCCUGGUGCCUCUCCAACGUCGUCUCCGCCGCCAGGGCCGCCGCGGCGCCGCCCCCCGCCGUGGUGCUCGUCCACGCCCGCUCGCCGCGCCCGUUCUACUACCCCGCCGUCGACGGCGCCGGGUACCUCCUGACGCAGCAGGUGAUGGACAGCAUGGACCAGUACAUGGCCUCCGCGGCCGACACCGUCGUCACCAAAGCCAAGAACAUCUGCACCGCAUUCCCCGGCGUGAGGGUGGAGACGUGCGUGGAGAAGGGCGACCCGCGCGACGUGAUCUGCGGCGCCGCCGAGAAAGCCGGCGCCGACAUGGUGGUGAUGGGCAGCCACGGCUACGGCUUCCUGCAGAGGGCGCUGCUCGGGAGCGUCAGCAACCACUGCGUGCAGAACUGCAAGUGCCCCGUCGUCGUCGUCAAGAGGCCCGGCGGCGAGCACCAGGCGCCGCCGCGGAUCUAGGCUCUUGAGCGCGACUCGCCACGGCGGAACGUGAUGAUGGCCGCCGCCCGCGUACAUAGUCUGCUUUGUUCGGUGCCUGUAUCUCGCUGGGUACAUCAAAUUAAAUGGUCCCUACGUAGAUGAAGUUUAAUUUUCCGUUGUCACAAAAUACGGUGACGUGUCAUGUAAAAAACGUAUGUACAUACUAUAUGGUCAAUCCGAAUAUGUAGUCUAGCAUAAGAAGGGAUAACAUGGUUCUGGUUCUGUCCAGCAUCUUAAUAUUUGAAGUUCGUAUGCCUGUGGUUUUAGGGUUUUUUCA